CGGAAAGAAGCAGAAAAUCAGUAAACGGAAGACAGUAGCUUAGCAUUUCCGGUUUUGUUCGUUGCGUUGCUUCACGCCGAGCCCUUUCAAAGAUACAAUAAGUGCAUUGAUAAAGUUGUUGAAAAAUAUCGCGCAAUGGCCCUUGAAUCGCGCGUUACACAGGAAGAAAUCAAGAAGGAAACUGAGAAGCCAAUUGACAGAGAAAAGACCUGUCCUCUUCUCCUGCGAGUUUUUACCACAAACAAUGGGCGGCACCAUCGACAAGAAGAAUUUGCCCGUGGCAAUGUUCCCUCCAGUGAACUGCAGAUAUACACAUGGAUGGACGCUACUCUGCGAGAGCUGACCAGCCUCGUGAAGGAGGUGUAUCCAGAGGCCAGGAAAAAAGGAACUCAUUUUAGUUUUGCCAUAGUCUAUCCUGACCUUCGAGGGAAAGUGUAUCGUUUUAAAGACAUUGGCAAUACAGUGUCGGGAAAGAAGUGUGCUGACGACUCCAUGACACUGCAGUCUCAGCGCUUCCAGAUUGGAGACUACCUGGACAUAGCCAUCACACCACCCAAUAGGGCCCAACCCCCUGGUCCGCGUAUGAGGCCUUUUUGAGUGAAUGCAUUCUUACAGUUUUGCCCAAAUGUUGAAUUUUUCUUUUUUCUUUUAAAGUUUUUUUUUUGGUCUGAUGCUGUACAAUAUGAAGUCAAAUAAAUGUGGUACCCCACCUUUUGAAUG